AUGCGCGCCAUCAGCUUGAUCGGGACCCUGUCUGUCCUUACAGUUCUAGUUUACUGGCUGGACUCGAAUCUCAGUAACUUUUACAUCUUCAAGCCGUCGAGACUUCAGGAAUUGGCAAAGGCGUCAAUAGCCAAACAUCCCAAUAAUGUCACGGCAUUGAUGGUGGAUCUGAACCUGGCACUGCAGGAAGAAUAUGGCAGCCAGCACAUUGAGACUUUUACCACGGAGCCUGAAAAAUGGAUUUGGAGUAACCACGGAAGCGCUAUGGGAGCGUUCCAUAUUCUCCACGCGUCCGUCACUGAAUACUUGAUAUUCUACGGCACUCCUAUCUAUUCCAGUGGACAUUCUGGCCUUCACUUGGCUGAUGAUUACUUCACCAUUCUCAGCGGUACGGAAAAGGCCUAUAGACCAGGACAGCUGGAGGCUACCACAUAUCGGCCUGGAGAUAUCAAUCACUUGCCUCGGGGACAGUCGAUACACUAUGCCAUGGAUGGAUGGGCUCUGGAGUUAGCGCAGGGCUGGAUUCCAAGUAUGCUUCCGUUCGGGCUGGUGGAAUCAUUGACCAGCAACCUUGACUUUGUCAAUCUUUGGAAGACGUGCAGUUUGACCGCGGAUCUGAUGGGUAGGCAGCUAUUGCUCGGGAAGUUUUAA